GUGGCGCGUGCGCGGCGGGCCGCGUUGCCAUGAGAGCGGCGAUGGCCGCGCCGAGCCAGGGAUGAGUUUAAGCUUGAAGGCCGUGGCUGUGACCAGCUCAGCUCCUCAGGAUGCCACACAAGAUCGGUUUCACCGUGGUCAGCUCGUCGGGACACGAGGACGGGUUCAGCGCCCGGGAGCUGAUGGUUCACGGGCCGACGGUGAACGGGUGGCGCUCACCCAGGCUCUGUCAGUAUCCCCAGGAGAUCAUCCUGCAGUUGGUGGAGAGGUGUCGGAUACGGAAGCUGCAGCUGCUUGCUCACCAGUACAUGAUUUCCAGCAAAAUUGAGUUCUACAUCAGUGAAAGUUUACCUGAAUACUUCUCUCCAUAUCAGUCAGAGAGGUUUCAGAGACUUGGCUACGUCCCUCUCUCAGACAAUGAGAAGACUGACUUCAAAGCACGGGAGUUAAAAUCUGUGUACCUGGAUGCAGUUGGCCAGUACCUGAAGCUGAUUUUCCAUAAGAAUUAUGUCAAUAAAUACAACGUAUAUGGACAGGUUGCCCUGGUAGCUGUGAACAUCAUUGGGGAUCCAGCAGACUACAGCAAUGACAGCAUGAGCAGUCCCUCUAGAGAGAAGCUGAUAGACCAUUACCUGGGAAUUAAAUCAGAUGAUCCUGCCUUAGAUGGAACUUACCUUGGGAAAUCUGACUCCAUUUCCCCUCUGGAUGAUUUGGCUUUUGACAUGUACCAGGACCCGGAGGUCGCUCAGAUAAUCCGUAGGCUGGAUGAGAGGAAGCGGGAAGCCGUGUGGCACGAGCGCUACGACCACGCCAAGAAACUCAAACAGGCCAUUGCAGACUUGCAGAAGGUGGGGGAGCGCCUGGGCCGGUACGAGGUGGAGAAGCGCUACGCGGUGGAGAAGGAGGAUUAUGAUCUUGCCAAGAAGAAGAAGGAACAAAUGGAUGAGUACCGGCUGAAGGUGUAUCAGCAGCUGGAGCUGCACGACCUCCUGGAUGCACAGCUGCUGAUCCGAAAACCACCCAAGUUGCCUUUGGGGCCUGUGGGUGACACUGUGAGCCCCCAGCACCCCCCUCCUGAGCGCACAGACCCACCUGAGGGACAGCCCCAGCGGGCAGAGCCUGUGCUGCAGGAGCAGCCAGUGGAUGCCACUUCUGCUGAGCCCAUUGUUUCCCAGCAGUCCCCUCGUCCUUCUCGGACUCAGCCCACAGCCUCCAAGGAAAAUGCUGAAUCUUUACCUUAUGACGAGAGGCCUCUCCCAGCCAUCUGCAAGCAGAUGGAUGAAGCUGUUGCCUACCUGGAGCCAGGGGUGACUGAACAGGACACUGGUGAUACCCCGAGGACUGGCAUUACUGGGGAGCCCGAACCACUCACGGAGAAGGCACUGAGGGAGGCCAGCCCUGCUGUUGACGUUUUUGGAGAAGCUUUGGUUUCAGGAGCGUAUUCCAGAACCUGGUCAUAUCGGGAAGACGCGUUACUGGCUGUGUAUAAGAAGCUGAUGGAAGUGUCAGUGAACACUCCAAAGGAGGAUUUAAGAAACAUGCUGAGGGCUGCUGUUUUCCUCAUAAGGAGAGCCAUCAAAGACACCGUGUCUUUUGUUUUUCAAGCUUCCCUGAAACUCUUAAAAAUGAUCAUUACACAAUAUAUACCAAAACAUAAACUAGGGAAGCUAGAGACUUCUUAUUGCGUGGAAACAACCCUGCCAGAUUUGCUUUCGAGAACAGGAGACUCUUCAUCCCGUCUUCGCCUUCUGGCUUCUGCCUUCAUCCGGGAAAUGGCACUGUGCACUGAAGUUAAACCUCUCCAGAUUGUCCCAGUCCACCUGGUUAAACCAUUAAAACCAAACUCCCCAACACACCUGGCGAUGAGUCACGUGGAAUUGGUGGAAUGUCUCUUGAGAGCCCUGGGGACUGAGAACUCUGGGUUUACUGUCAACAACGUCAUGAAGUUUGCCACAGGAGCUUUGGAGCACAGGGCCCGCGAGGUGCGGGACGUGGUGCUGCGGAUCAUCUUCGACAUGUACGGGCAGCACCGCGCGGCCGUGCUGGAGCAUCUCCCUCCGGGCAACGCCAGCGCCCGCAGGACCGUGCGCUACAGAACACUCUUCGAGGGCUUUGCCAAAAUCGACGGGAAGCUUUCUGAGCCUGAAAUGAGGGCACAGAGAAAGGCAGCCAAAGAAGAAGCAGAGAAACAGAAGAAUGAAGAAAUAAGAGUUCUGCCACAUCAGCUGGCAGCUCAAAAGGAGGUGCAGGCAGAGGUUCAAGGUGAAGAGGAGAAAGAAUCUGACUUUCAGAAACCAAAUAAUCAAGAUUACCAGGUAAACAAAAGCCCCCAGGCUGCACCAGCAGAGAUUCCAGAGGAUGUUUCCUCAGUUGCAAAUUACCUGGAUAACUUGUGUAUUUUUUGUGGUGAAAGGGAUGAAUCCUUCACAGAGGAAGGGUUGGAUCUGCAUUACUGGAAGCACUGCCCCAUGUUAACCCGAUGUGAGCACUGCAAACAGAUGGUGGAGAUCUCGAGCCUGACAGAGCACCUGCUGGCUGACUGUGACAAAAGGGACAGCUUUGGGAAGUGCCAGCGCUGCGGUGAGGCCCUGCCCAAGGAGGAGCUGCCCAAACAUGUGAAGAGCAGGAACUGCAAUCCUGCCCAACCAGAAAAUGUGGCAAACCAUUGCCCGUUGUGCCAUGAGAACUUUCCCCCUGGAGAGGAGGCCUGGAAGUCUCACCUGAUGGACCAAGAUGGCUGUAAAAUGAAUCAGCGGAGGCUAUCCCUGAUGAAUAAAACCAUUCUGUUGCAGCCUGCCAAAGUAAGUGGCAACUAUUUAAGGAAACCGGGUCCUUCAGGAGCAAAAUACCAACUUCCCUCCAUAGGAAGCAAGAUCUCAAUCCGAGGGGGCCCAAAUAAAAGCACUGGCAAAAAAUACUCGAAGAGAUGACAGGACAGUAUUUCUUCCUUUGUCUCAAUGACUGAGCACAGGGUUGCUCAUAGCAUAUUUAAAAAGGUGGUCAAGGAACAGGAGCCACACAUGGGGGAAGCCUGGCCAUACAUAUAGGGCAGGUUUAGGGUUCUAAAGGCAGUGGAGCUGUACCCAAAACACUGCUCAACACCAGGAAUUAGCACCAAAUGAAAAAGCCAAAGGGCUGUUUGGAUGUUGCCCUGUGUUGUGCCACUACAUAGCAGGUGACAAAAUGUGGCCUCUUACUGUGCACCAAGUGCCUUAUGAGCCCACUUGGCAGGAGGGUUAAACUAAAUCCUCCAGGUCCAUAUCCCCAAGAAAUGGCUCCUUAAAGAAAAGAAAAAAUAAUCUUGGUUGGGACCUGAAGAGCUUGAAUUAAUAAAUGUAGAGCUUUUACCUGCUUCAGUGCACUUUACACUCAAAUACUGAGUUUCUCUAGUUUGAUCUCGAUUAAAAUAACCGUACAUAGACUGCAGCAUGUGACUUUAAGAGUUUCAGAGAGAGUCUAUUAUAAAGACCCAAGGCAUGAAGAUUUGUACCAAGCAGAAAUCCCCACAUCUUUACCUGUAACAUUCUGCCUGUUGCUUUCCAGGAUGGCAUUUGUUGGUACUGUGGGCACUGGAAUAAGUGGUAUAUGGUAAUAUGAGGGAAAGUUUUAGUGUUUUUUGCUCCCAUGGAGUGAGUUUGUGGUGGUGUUUUGUAUAUACAGAGCUGAUUAGUUUUUCUAAUUUGCCUGCAGCCAACCUGCCUACCAGCUUUUGGAUUUUCCAGGUAGAUCAGUGUGCUUGGAUUUCAAAAAUCUUUAUAUAAAUUGUUCCUUUAACGCUUCCAAAUGCUUAUUAUAAAUAAUUAUACAUACACUAGGAGUACACAUAUUAACAAAUAUAUAUGUAUUUUAUUUUUUUCCCAAUGACAUGGGUUCCUGUUUGAGAACGCGAUUCCGCGUGCUGAAUAUAAAU